AGAUUCUCAUACUCAGAUGCAACAAGCGAAGCACAUAAGACGGAAGAAACCAAUCCUCGCUGCUUCCUCGUCCCAUUCUUUCUCUACUACCAGUAAGAUGCCCUGAUUUUCCUUUCGCUAAAAACCCCAAAUUUUCUGUUCGGAUUAAAAUUAUUCUUCUGACAUUUCUAGGUUGAUAGAAUUUUCAUGGGUUUUGAGGAUUUUAAGAUGUCUGCCUGCCGAUUUCCUUGAAUGCUCAUCUUGUUUGUAGAUGCGUGGAUUUCUUUAAUUGUUUAGGGUUUCUUUGUCUUUCCUCCCAUUUUAGCCGGAAUUGAUGUUGUCUUGUUUGGGGGUUUCGGAAUUAGGUUGGGAAUUGAUAGAUUUCUAGCUAUCCGUUUGCUGUUGUUGGAUAUAUAUGUUAUCUAGAUUAAUUGGAAAUGUCGAUGAAUAACAACAGCAAUAGUAAUACUCCUGUAAUUAAGAAUGCCGGUUUGGGUAAUCCCUCCGGGGUGGUGCAAAUGCAAAUGCAAAUGCCUCAAUCUGUGUCUGUAACUCAAAACCAACCGGCGCCGCAUCUCCUUGCCCAGUCUCGCGUGCCCCCUCACUUUCCUGGUCAUUUCCAGUUGUCCGAGCCUCAAACGCUGGCGUUAGGAGCGCAGGGGCCUUCUCAUUCGCACUUCCAACCUCAUCAGCAGCCUCAGUCUUUUCACCACUUUCAGAAUUCUGCUGCUAACAAUGCUAAUACGGGUGCCUCUGCGCCUGCUGCAUCUACGCCCAGUGUGGUGGCCUCUGCUGGUGUGUCUGCGAAGAAGGUGCUCCAAAGGCAGCCUUCCCGGGCGACUGGGCAAGGUCAGGUGGCGGGUCCAAUGUUGAAGACCAUGGAACUGACUCCCGCUGCACGCAAAAGGAAGAGGAAGCUAUCGGAGAAGCAUAUCCCGGAGAAAGUGGCUGCCAUUUUGCCAGAGUCUGCGCUUUAUACUCAGUUGCUUGAAUUUGAGUCUCGUGUAGAUGCUGCUCUCGUGAGAAUGAAGACUGACAUUUUGGAAUCUCUUAAGAAUCCUCAGCGCAUACAGAAAACACUUAGGUUAUAUGUCUUUAACACAUUUGCCAACCAAACUGGAGCUAGUCCCCAGAAGGAACAUGGCCAGCCGCCUUCCUGGUCACUUAGGAUCUUUGGUAGGAUCCUGAACAAUAAAACUCCCGCGGUGGGGAUGCAAGAAAAGCCAAGUCCUUCAGAUCCCAAGUUUUCAUCUUUCUUCAAGAAAAUCACUGUAUAUCUUGAUCAGAGUCUUUAUGCUGAUAAUCAUGUGAUUUUGUGGGAGAGUUCCCGGUCACCUGUGCUUCAUGAUGGCUUUGAGGUGAGGAGGAAAGGAGAUAAGGAGUUCACUGCGAUUAUCAGACUGGAAAUGAACUAUGUGCCAGAGAAGUAUAAACUUUCACCAGCUUUGCAAGAUGUUCUUGGAAUUGAAAUGGAGACACGCCCAAGAAUAUUAGCUGCCAUUUGGCAAUAUGUGAAGGCAAGAAAGCUACAGCUUCCUGAUGAGACUUCAUCCUUUAUGUGCGAUCCAGCGCUAAGGAAGGUUUUCGGAGAAGAGAAGCUUAAAUUCUCCACAGUAAGUCAAAAGAUUGACGCACAUUUGACUAUACCCCAGCCAAUACAUUUAGAACACAAGGUCAAGCUGUCUGGGAGUAGCCCUACUGGAAACACUUGUUAUGACAUACUGGUUGAUGUGCCCUUUACACCACAGAAGGAAAUGCUAACUUACUUGGCAAAUUUGGGGAAGAACAAGGAGAUUGAUGUUUGUGAUGAAGCUAUUUCUGCUGCGAUAAAGAAAAUACAUGAACAUAAUCAAAGGCGAGCUUUUUUUCUAGGAUUCAGUCAGUCACCAUAUGAGUUCAUCAAUGCCCUUGUUGCCUCUCAAGCCAGGGAUUUGAAGCUUGUUUCUGGGGAUUCAGUCCGUGAUGAGGAAAAUGAGAGGCGAUCGGAAUUCUACCAUCAAUCAUGGAUUGAAGAUGCGGUCAUACGCUACCUGAAUCGCAAGGCUCCUCCCGGACAAUGACGUUACUGCUGGUUUUAUGAUUGCAUAGCAACUCACCUAGUCGGUUAAUCAAUUAGCACCGUUCAAACCCGCUCACUUUCUGGAGGCUGGCAUGCCUGGAACUUGUGGUUUCUUGCAUCGUAUGUAACUCAACUUCUCAUAGUUUGUUCAUUUGAAAUGUGUUGCUUAGCGAGGACUGAAGUGUAGACGCCAGUGGUUUUUAGAAGCUGAUCAUGAUAAUAGUUUAAACUGCUGGUUUUAAUGCAUCAUUGAAGUGUAGACACCGGUGGUUUUUAGAUCAUUCACAAGCACUAGUCUAUAGUUUUUUCAA